GAUAUAAUUGCACGUUGUUCAGCACCCUUUUUAAGCAUAGGCAAGUGUGCGUGUGUGUGUUUUGUGACUGCCGGCGUCAUUUGCGAAUCGCAUUUAUUUAUUUAAUCGAGUGACAAACAAUCAAACAUAAAUCGAACAAUGGCUGCAGCAAUUGACGGUGUACUACCCGCAACAUUGCAAGAGUUUGUAAAAAAGUCGAAAGUGUUGGUUGUGGGCGCUGGAGGCAUCGGCUGCGAAGUGCUCAAAAAUCUUGUGCUCAGCGGCUUUACAGAAAUCGAAAUUAUCGAUUUGGAUACCAUUGACCUGAGCAAUCUCAAUCGGCAGUUCCUCUUCCAUAGGGAGCACGUGGGCAAGUCAAAAGCGCGCGUUGCACGUGAAAGUGCCCUCAGCUUUAAUCCGGAUGCAAAAAUAACCGCAUAUCAUGACAGUGUCACAUCAACGGAUUACGGUGUCAAUUUCUUUAAGAAAUUUGAUGUUGUGCUAAGCGCUUUGGACAAUCGAGCGGCUCGCAACCAUGUGAAUCGCAUGUGUCUCAAUGCAGAUGUGCCGCUGAUUGAGAGCGGCACAUCCGGCUAUAAUGGCCAAGUGGAGCUGAUUAAGCGCGGCCUCACUCAGUGCUAUGAGUGCACACCCAAAGAGAAGCAACGCACUUUUCCAGGUUGCACCAUACGCAACACACCCUCCGAGCCAAUUCAUUGCAUCGUGUGGGCAAAGCACCUGUUCAAUCAACUUUUCGGUGAAUCCGUUGAGGAUGAGGACAUUUCGCCAGAUGCCGCUGAUCCCGAGGCACUUGAAGCCACCGAAGGCAAAGAUAAGGCUGCUGAAGACGAUAAAGAAAAAAAUAACGAUAAAGAAAAAAACGAUAAAGAAAAAGAUAACGAAAAGGAUUCUUCCAACUCGAAUGGCAACGUGGUGCGCAUCAAUACACGGCAAUGGGCCAAGGAUUGCAACUACGAUGCGGAUAAAUUGUUCAACAAGUUCUUCAACGAAGACAUCAACUACUUGCUUCGAAUGUCGAAUCUCUGGAAAUCGCGGAAGGCACCCGUGCCGGUGCAAUGGGAUACGCUGCUGCCCGGUGGUGCCAGUUCCGAUGCGACCGAGUUGGCGCGCCAACAUCACAAGGUGUGGACCGUAGAGGAAUGCGCUCAUGUCUUUGCCAAUGCGCUCAAGGAGCUGAGCGCAGCGUUUUUGAAACUGGAGGGCAGCGAUACUCUGGUCUGGGACAAGGAUGAUCAGCCGGCGAUGGACUUUGUGGCCGCCUGUGCCAAUGUGCGUUCCCACAUCUUUGACAUUGAGCGCAAGUCUCGGUUCGAGAUCAAAUCGAUGGCUGGCAACAUUAUUCCGGCCAUUGCCACCACCAAUGCAAUAACUGCUGGUAUUUCGGUGAUACGCGUUUUCAGCGUGCUUCAGGCCAGGUGGGAGCAGUGCAAGGCCGUCUAUGCCCGACUGCGUCUCAAUGGGCGCAAUCAGAUUCUGGUAGCGGAUGCCUUCUUUCCGCCGCCCAAUCCCAAUUGUUAUGUGUGCGCCAGCGAUCCGGCAAUAACGUUGCGCAUCGACACCAAGCGUGUCCAAAUAAAAGCAUUCCGCGAUGAGGUGCUCAUCAAAACGUUGAAUAUGGUUAAUCCGGACUUGACAGUGGAGUCCACCGGUUCCAUUCUCAUCUCGUCGGAGGACGGCGAAACGGAGUGUAAUGAGGAAAAGUUGCUAAGCGAAAUGAACAUCGUGGAUGGUGUCAUACUCAAGUGCGAUGACUUUUUCCAGAACUAUGAGCUGAGCAUCAUCAUAGCGCACUUUGAUGCCGAACGUGAGGAUGUCCUCUUCGAGGUGAUUGCUGACAAGAACCAGCUGCAGCCCAAGGAGGAGGCAAAGAUACCGGAGCCGGUCGUCACGGAGCCCAGCACCCGUAAACGCGCCGCCAACGGUACCGAUGCCACAGCCGAUGAUGGCCCUUCCACCUCGAAACGCAGUCGACCCACUGAAAUUAAGGAUGACGACGAUGAUGAAGAUUGCGUCGUUGUAGAGGAUGAGGAUGAUGAUUUUGAGGAGGUAGUUAGUGCUGCCACAGAUAAGCUCACAGUUGAGAGUCCACAAAAAUUAGUAACAAAACGAAAGCCUAGCACAAUAUCGGAUGUUGACGAGGAGAUUACCGAAAUCCUCGACUCUUCGGAUGAAGAACUUGCCGGACCCACAAAAUGCAAACGUACAAAACUGGAAGAGCCACAGCCAGCGACAAGUGGCGUCGAAGUAAUCAAUAUCGAUUAAUAUAACAUACAACAUUACAUUCAUAAGCGCUUCAUGAAAUUUUAACAAUGAAAUAAAAAGAAGAAAUAUCAGCAA